AUGUAUGGUGCUUAUUUGACAUCUGAUGAUGACAAAUUUCUUGAUUUAAUUACUGAUGAACUAGACAAAUACAAUCUAUCGAAUGAUUCCUCCUUCAUUCUUCUUUUUCCACCUUUGUCAUCACGACAUCGUUUAUUAUUGCAUCGUCUUCGUGAUAAAAAUUAUUCUAAUCUAUUCAGUUUCUCUGUCGGUGACGAAAAAACUACUCGUCGAACAAUAAUUUGUUUGAAAUCGCAAGUUAUGGAUGAAAUGAAUGUAAUAGCAUCACCUACAACCUCAGUCCAUUCUAACGGUGAAUCUUCGACCAAACGUCGUCCAGAUCAAGCUUUAUAUAAGCCACCACGUCGAAGUAAAAAUCCCGAGGUUUCUAGUCCUAUUUCUACACCACCACCACAACCACCGUCGACGUCACUCGAAGAAGUUCAACAAAACAAUAGUACGACUAUGUCGACAAAAAGUAAAACCGCUCGUCCAUCAGCUGAACCUUAUGUUCCGCCGUCCAGACGCAGUCAACCGGUGAACAAAGAACCACAUCUUUCUUCACCUUCAUCUCUAUCGUUCACCACUGACAACAAAAAAGAAGACGGUGACGUGGAAGACGAAGAAGAAUGGGAGAAAAUAUUAGAUAGUAAUGAAGAUCCUCAAUAUAAAGAUCUUGUCGAAGAAAUUCAAACAAAAUUCAAAGAAAGUGUUCAGAUAAAAAAACCAACGAAUGACUAUUCUCAAUGGUCAGUCGAUGAUAUACAAAUAAAAGAAGCUGAUUUAGCUCAUGUAGUUGAAGUAUCAAAUUUUCCAUCAACAUUUCGUACUGAAGAUCUUUCAAAUGCAUUCAAAACACUUACUCGAAGUAUAUUCGAUAUAAAAUGGGUCGAUGAAACACAUGCUCUGAUCGUUUUUCCAGAUGCUAAUAUGGAAUUUCUCCAACCGUAUAAAACUCGACCACAAACAUCAUCAUUAACAGCUAAUCGUCGUAUAUGUGCUGCAUUGGGUCUAAAAAAUCCGAUGAGUAAUGAUAAAACUAAAACUGAACGACAAAAAAUUGAAACAGCCAGACAACAAAAAAUUCGUGACAAAGAAGAACAAAAAACAGUUUGGGAUGGUGGUGUUUUACCUGCCACAUCAACAACAUAA